AUGCCUCGCUACGCCCAGCUCGUGAUGGGCCCCGCCGGGAGCGGUAAGAGUACCUACUGCUCUACCAUGAUCCAACAUUUUGAGACAUUAAACCGCUCAGUUCAAGUGGUCAACUUGGAUCCAGCGGCUGAGCACUUUGACUAUCCAGUGAUGGCAGAUAUCCGUGAACUCAUCCAGGUGGAUGAUGUGAUGGAGGAUGACUCGCUCAGAUUUGGCCCUAAUGGAGGACUUAUCUUCUGUAUGGAGUAUUUUGCAAACAACUUUGACUGGCUGGGAGAAACCCUGGGCCACAUCGAAGACGACUACAUAUUGUUUGAUUGCCCAGGUCAGAUUGAACUUUACACACACCUUCCUGUGAUGAGGCAGCUGGUAGAGCAACUACAACAGUGGGAGUUUCGGGUUUGUGGGAUCUUCUUGGUAGAUUCGCAAUUCAUGGUGGAAUCUUUUAAGUUCAUUUCAGGAGUCAUGGCUGCACUGAGUGCCAUGGUGUCUUUAGAAAUCCCUCAAGUGAACAUCAUGACAAAAAUGGACCUGCUUAAUCCUAAAGCCAAGAAGGAAAUUGAAAAGUAUCUGGACCCAGACAUGUACACUAUGAUGGAAGACAGCUCAGAUAGCAUCAGAAGCACAAAGUUCAAGAAGCUAACAAAAGCUAUUUGUGAUCUGAUAGACGAUUACAGUAUGGUAAGAUUUCUGCCCUUUGACCGUACAGACGAGGAAGGUAUUAACAUAGUGCUGCAGCACAUUGACUUCUCCAUACAGUAUGGAGAGGACCUCGAGUUCAAGGAGCCUAAGGAAUUUAAUGAGGAGCCAGCUAACCUAAAUUACGACGAGAUAUUUCAAGAUAAAGCCAGCUCCUGAUGAGUAAGGGGACAUGGAAAAAGCGGAGGAAGUCGGACUUUGCAAUUAAAGGCGAAGAAAGAAGUGGAGCUGAAGGUUGCAUCUGUCUGCAUAACCACCGAGAAACCUACAUGUGUAGCAGAAGAGCAUCUGUGGACUUGGAUUUUCAUAUUCAAGUUUCUGUUUUAUGACUUCAUUAAGAUAUUUGUGUAAUUAUUGUUGAACAAUAGCAAGACUUGUUAUUUAAUAUAUGUAUUAAUGCUAUUUUUUAAAAUAAAACUAGUCAAAAUGGACAAAUGACCGGUGGGUGACAAUAUUAGCGCCCCCACGUGGGUGCUACGUAACACGACACGUAAGCACUUCCUGUACGGCUGCAGGGUGGGACAGGCGGAAGCAGCGUCUGGGCUUGCUUGCAUAUUUCAGUCACUGAGCAGUUGGACUGAAUUUUUUUUUUUUUUUUCAUUCAACAUGCCGGCGUAUCACUCAAGCCUGAUGGUCCCCGAAACCAGGAUGGUGGGGAACAUGGCUUUACUCCCCUUAAAAACUCAGUUUAAAGGACCAGCUCGCGGAGACGGCAUAGAUUCUGACAUCAUCGAUGAAGCCAUAUAUUACUUCAAGGCCAACGUCUUCUUCAAGAACUAUGAGAUCAAGAAUGAGGCGGACAGGACGUUAAUCUAUGUCACACUCUACAUUUCUGAAUGCCUGAAGAGGCUACAGAAGUGCAGCUCCAGGAGCCAUGGAGAGAAGGAGAUGUACACGCUGGGCAUCACAAACUUCCCCAUUCCUGGAGAACCUGGCUUCCCUCUUAAUGCCAUGUAUCUUAAGCCUGCAAACAAGCAAGAGGAAGAGACAAUGAGGGCAUACCUGCAGCAGAUCCGUCAGGAGACUGGUUUGAGACUGUGUGAUCGUGUGUUCGACCCCCAGACAGACAAACCCAGCAAGUGGUGGGUGUGCUUUGUCAAGAGGCAGUUCAUGAACAAAAGCCUGUCUGCUCCUGGACAGUGA